AUGCCUUCGGAGAGUGGCCACAGAUUAUACGUCAAGGGACGUCACCUGAGCUAUCAACGCUCGCGUCACAUCACCCACCCCGGCACGAGCCUGAUCAAGAUCGAGGGCGUUGACGACACCAACGGUGCCAACUUCUACCUGGGCAAGAAGGUCGCCUACGUCUACCGGGCCCAGCGCGAGAUCCGAGGCUCCAAGAUCCGUGUCAUCUGGGGCAAGGUCACCCGACCGCACGGCAAUUCCGGCGUCGUCCGCGCCAAGUUCACUUCUCCUCUCCCCACAAAGUCGUUCGGAGUGACGAGACGGCGCGAUCCCGACGCCCAAGAUGACCGAGUCGACACAUCCAUCCUCGAUCCAUUCUUGACCCGGAAGCCGUGGGACGACGAAAUUUACGGGGAGAGAAAGGAUAGCGAAACGGUCCAUGCCGAUGGCCGAGUCGACCCAUCCAUCCUCGAUCCAUCCUUGACCCGGAAGCCGUGGGACGACGAAAUUUACGGGGAGAGAAAGGAUACCGAGACGGUCCAUGCCGAUGGCCGAGUCGACCCAUCCAUCCUCGAUCCAUCCUUGACCCGGAAGCCGUGGGACGACGAAGUUACGGGGGGAGAAAGGAUACCGAGACGGUCCAUGCCGAUGGCCAUGGUACGCUUGUCGCCUUCGAGGUCAGACGAGCUGGCGGACAAGCGACGUGCGAGAGCGAACUGGACACAACGGGACGACUGGCGAUCGAGGUGGUGCGCAGCCAAGGCGGAUGUCUUCACGGCUGAGCAUGAAGCACGGGCCUUGAUGAGGGAGGAAAGCGGCAUCAAGUCCCCGGCCCAGUUCCCGGCCCGACGAAGGGCUGCCGCACCGGCGAAGCUGGUCACGACACGGAGCAGCGUCCGCUGCACAAUUCGGAACUCUUUCUCGAAAAGCACCGGCUAUCCCGCGGGGUCGUGGCUCACCGGCAUGCUCGUACAUGGCGAUGGCCACGAAGCGUGA